AUAAUGAUGGGCUUCCGUCCAUCCAGCCUCAAGCCCUUUAAACGCAAACAGGUCCGAGUGAAACGAACAAAGAAAGCACCCAAGUCAGCAACAACAGAGGAGGGGAUCCUCCAGAGGAUCAUCAAAGGGAAGGAUUGUUGUCCAAGGACACAGAUGAAAGUCCGCAGGCAAGAUCUGACGGGAAAAAACAAGUUAUUAAUAGAUUUGUUUGUUGCCCUUGACCGUCGAGACUUUCAACGUUUCAGUUUCUCUGGAACCCUUUAACUGAUAACACCUCAUUCCUCCGGAUCAUCCCGUCCAAGCCAAACAAACAUGUUGCUUUUCUUGAUCUUUACAUUGGCUUUGAGUGGCUCAGCCAUGGCUAAUACACAAGCUGCUUAUCAUCCUCCCACAGAGCAUCAUCAUCGGCCAAUGCAGUCCAGAUCUGGAUUUGGUUUCAAUGCUGGAGUGGGCGUGGAUAACGGCUUGGGCGUGAACGGUGGCUUCCAAGUUGGAAAUCCCUUGAACAGUAACAUCCUCGUCCCUGUCAUCAUUGGCUUGGGUUUGCUCUCGUUCUUCAACAUCGUUCUCACCGUCCUGACUCCCCUUUUCUCGAAGACGAGCAAGAGCGACACGGACGCUGCGGAAACGCCUGCCACCCCUGCGGACGCCGCACGAAUGAGCAGGAAUAUGAUGUACAUGGCCAAUAACGUGAUGGAGGCCAUCGAGAAGUUCAAGAACCAAUAUCAAGAUUAGAAUCCAUUUCUCUUUUUCCCGUUAAAACGAUAACAAGAGCAACAUGAAUAAACGACACAAUGCUUAGAUUACGUUCAAUAGCCCACCGCAACAUAUCAUCAAAAUGUUCAUUUGCUAUGAUGAAUAAAGUUCCAGAAUCUUC